AUGACUUCUCAUCGCGACACCUACAGUGUCUCCUCCUCUCAGGCUUCCACGGUGACUCCGUUCAGCAACACCGACGUCGCCUCUGACGUCGCCUCCCUCGACUCCUCAAUUCCCACUUCCCCCGAGCCUUCCGACAUUGACGACGAUGCUUCUUCUUCCGGCAUCAAACAGCUCCCCUUCAUCUCGCACAAAGAUCGUCGUGGUCCCAACGGCUACCGCUUCGCCACUCAAUGUGCUACCGUAGACGACCCCAACCAUAAAGACCAGUACGGUUCCUCCUCUGCUCCCAUCUACAUGUCGGCCACCUUCAAAGGCUUGCCCGGCGCCGAGUUCGACUACUCACGUUCGGGCAACCCCACCCGUUCGAUGCUUCAGCAUCAUCUCUGCCAGCUUCAGAACUGCAAGUACAGUUUCGCCGUUUCCUCCGGUAUGGCUUGUCUCGAUGUCAUCGCUCGCAUCGUCAAGGCCGGUGAACGCAUUAUUGCUGGUGAUGACCUUUACGGUGGCACCAACCGUUUGCUCGGCUAUUUGGCUUCACACCAAAACAUCCACACCGAUCACGUCGACACCACCGACGCUUCCAAGGUCGAAGAGAUGCUUCAGAAGCGUGCCCGUGAUGUUGCUGCUGGCUUGUGCGGAAAAGUCAGCAUGGUGUUGCUCGAAACUCCCACCAACCCUUGUCUCAAGAUCUGUGAUCUUCAGCGAUGUGCAGCUGCCGCUAAGAAGUGGGCCCCAGAUGCGGUCGUCGUGGUGGACAACACUAUGAUGUCGCCCUACCUCAUGCGUCCGCUCGAGUUGGGCGUAGACGUCGUCUACGAUUCGGGUACAAAGUAUCUUUCCGGUCACCACGAUCUCAUGGCUGGUGUCAUUGCUUGCGAUCGUGACGAUCUGGGCAAACAGAUUGCAUUCACCAUCAAUUCGAUUGGUAAUGCGCUCACUCCCAUGGACUCGUUCUUGUUGCUUCGUGGUAUCAAGACUCUCGCUGUUCGUAUGGAUAGGCAGCAGGCCAGUGCAAUCACUGUAGCCCACUACUUGGACUCGUUGGGUUUCAAGGUCAACUACCCUGGUCUGGCAUCCCACCCCUCCAAGGCUAUUCACGACAAGCAGGCUGCUGGACCAGGUUCGGUGCUUAGCUUUGUCACUGGUGACAAGGCGCUUUCGGAACGCAUCGUGGGUGCUACAAGGCUUUGGGGUAUCUCGGUCUCUUUCGGCUGUGUCAACAGUUUGAUCUCAAUGCCUUGUCUCAUGUCGCAUGCUUCGAUCGAUCCCAAGGUGCGGGCCGCACGUGGUAUGCCCGAGGACUUGAUCCGUCUUUGCGUCGGUAUCGAAGACGAGCGCGAUCUGCUCGAUGAUCUGCAGAAUGCACUUUUGCAAGCUGGUGCCAUUCGACCCAAACCUUAUUCUUCCACUCGAUCUAGUAGCCGUUUCCCCUCGACAAUCGAGAGCUCGCGUGCUGCUUCCCCAGAUCUUAUCACCUACGAACGCACUCCUUUGCAUACCGACCACGCUCAGCAGGAUAAGGUGGCUAGUUUGGUGGAGGAUAUGAACACGGCUAAACUCGAGACUCGCGGCGGUGAGGGGGAACCGGGCUUGGCUCAAGACCACCCGCCGCCGAACAGCCCCACCUCGAUUGUAGUUAGCGCGCCAGGCAAGGUCAUACUGUUCGGAGAGCACGCUGUGGUGCACGGUGUCACUGCGAUUGCUGGGUCGGUGGCGCUUAGGUGCUAUGCCAAUGUUUCGCCCAGGAAGGAUGGCAAGAUCUCGCUCGACUUGCCUGAUCUAGGUGUCGUGCACGCUUGGAACAUCAGCGAAUUGCCCUGGGGUGCGGUGCCUGAUUCGAUUCAGGCUGGUGGACCAGUGCCCGACUCGCUGGAUGCCGGAUUGGUGGGUGCAAUUGAAAAGGUGGUAGGUGAGACAGUCAACGAGAGCGAGAGAAGUCAUGCUGCUUCAAUUGCUUUCCUUGUUCUGUACAUGUGCAUUGCCGGUCAAGCUGAUGCGCGAGCUCAAGCGUUCGUGUUGCGAUCGGCUCUGCCUAUCGGUGCAGGUUUAGGAUCGAGUGCUGCUUUGAGCUCUUGUCUCGCAGCAGCGCUCAACAUUCUCUAUGGUCGCAUUGCCGCUCCUAAGGGCGAGGUGGAAGCUGAUGACUCGGCGUAUGUCAACCAAUGGGCUUUCUUGUCCGAGAAAGUGAUUCACGGUACUCCAUCCGGAGUGGAUAACUCGGUAGCAGUUCACGGAGGUGCAAUCGCUUUCACUCGUGCUCAUCCGAUCAACACGCUCAAUGCGAACAAGAUGGAGAAGUUGAAGGGUUUCUCUUCUUUCCGCUUCUUGCUGGUCGAUAGCUGUGUAGGAAGGGAGGGCAAGAAAUUGAUCGCUCACGUAGCCGCACAGAAGCAAGCUGACCCGCAACGGCUGAACGCGGCCCUUGCUAGAAUUCAGGCGAUUGCGGAUUCGGCAAAGCAGAUCCUCAGUGGUACUUGUGCGCUUUCGCGCGAUGACCUCGUCGCGCAACUAGGAGAGUUGAUCAAGCAGAACCAUGCCGAGCUCGUCGAUCUUCAAGUAUCACACCCUUCGCUCGAGUUGAUCAAGAACAAGACCGAAAGCUUUGCUCCUGCUCAGCUUGCAACUAAGUUGACCGGUGCCGGUGGUGGAGGUUGUGCAGUGACGCUUCUGCCGGAUGAGUUUGAGGAGGAGAAGGUGAAAGAGUUGAUCCAGGAGCUAAGCAAUGCUGGCUUCAAGUGUUACGAGACCAGGGUUGGCGGAGAUGGCUUCGGUGUUAGACUGCCAAAGGGGGAGGAGGAUGCUGCGGAGACAAAGAUCAAGUUCCAGGAGGUGAAUGUCAGUAAGGAUCUGGGAGAGUGGGCUGAUGGUCAGCAGGGGUGGGUGUUUGCCUGA